UGAGAAGCUUUUUGAUGUAGUGUUUUUCGAUUGAAGCAGUUGGAUUUCAAAUCAAGCAAGAGCGAUCCCAUAUUCUAAUAUCAGAUUAGCGGUCCCUUUCACCCGGCCAAAUUCCCUUAAUCCGCCGUCCGUACUAACUUGUGUGAUUGCCAAAAGGCUGAAAUAUACGUGCUGUUAUUGAAAUAGCACUGAAUUCUGAGUUGACUCCUUUUUGCUUGGCAUGGUACUAUAUUGGCUAAGGCCUUUCCUUUCAGUUAGACGUGCUACAAUCUACAAUCAAAUACUAUACUAGCUAGAGUCGGUAUUUGAAAAGUUUACCUUGCAUACAACCAUCUUACAUACCAUGUUAUAUGCGUUUAACUGCUCGUGUGACGCGCUGCUGUUUAAACUUUCGCAGGUUUAACUUUGAAACCUAUCUUGAGUUCUUUUGAAGUUCUCUUAACGCUUAAACCAGCCAUAACCCAUUUCGCUGAAAUUUGUAAGAAACGCUUUAUAGAAUAUAUUUUAGGCCCUGUGAAUCCAUGCAUACUUUGGAGAACUCAUAUUUUGGACCUAAUUUUACAUUUCGCGUUUUAACAUUUCGUGAUUUGAGUUACAUUUGAAACCAAUUCCAUCAUUCUGACAACAAUGGAUUCUCAAAGUUGGUAUAACUCUUCAUAAACUUCAGUUUAUGGAGUAUUUUUAUCAGUUUUGUUACAAAUAGUUAUAACUUCAAACAAAGCGGUCCUUACUUUGCUUUAUUUUUUGCUAUUUUACAAAACAGAUUAAAUAGACGUCGACUUAAAUCAUUCGUUGACGCGUCACGACAAAAGGCUUUUUAUUUGGUGACACAUUUAUUGCCGAAUGUGAAACUUUGCAAAAUUGAUUCAAGCAGAGAUCCUGAAAUUAAAAUAAUACCCCACGAUCUCGAUGAAUGAACCCAAAAUCUACGACUUACAUUGAAAUUAUUAUGCAAAACUGAAACAAGAGUCCGUUUGAUAAUUAUUUCGCUAUUAAUUUUAUUGACCGUGAACUUUGACCUUUGAAUGUUCAUAGCUUUAGUUGAUAAACAGUUAAAUCUCUAAUUAGUUAAAAACUUUACCACUCUUCUCUCAACUGCUGAAAAUGCCGAAGAGCAAAUAUUUCAACCGACUCGCGUUUCGCAAACUCAAGCGAAAGUCGAGUGUCAAGUCGGCCCGAGAUGCUCCUCGUAAUUCGAUCACGACAAGUCAGUCGGUGAUCGCAGGCGAGAACGAUUCAGGUUUCGGACCAAUGCGUUCGGAAUGCACGUGGAGAUGUGUGGCGUCUUCGUCUAACGAGAAAGAGCUGUUCGACAAACUGAACACAAGUGACGUCAUUGCAGUCCAUUCAAAAUGCACCAAUCAGAAUAGUCAGAUGCAGCGGACACCAGCCCACACGUGGGUGCACAAGAGCGGCCAGUGUUCGCUGGAGAUCCCGGACACGCCUCUGUUCCAGCUGACAGAGGCGGAAGUUGUCACUCUGCAGAAGCUGGCUGUCAUCUGCCUUCGUGCCACUGACUUCUCCUGCAAUAUCAUCAUACCCAGAGAGUUUCCUUUGGAGACAACGAAGCGUUUCUCCAGCAACUCUGGUGGUCUCAAUUCCAGAUUCUGCAAUCUCAGAAAGUCAUCAAGAAAUUCGUCAGAGACACAAUCCAGGUUGUUUGGGGUCUCGCUGGGAUCUUUGGUUCGGAAUCAAGACAAGGAGAACUUCCCGGAACCCAGUGUUGAACCGCCAUCGCCCGACAAUCCGAACCCCAGUGAGCAGGAUCCGACACCGACAAAAGAAACCGAUAAUUUCAUAGAUCGAAAGGAUACUAAGACGAUGGCAGACGCGGAGAAAGAACACAUUGAGAAGUUGAAGAGUUAUUUGACCAAUGAUCACCCGGAAACACUCGGGAAGGCGGUUUUUAUCAGUUCCUCAAUCGGAAAUAUCGCAGCACCUCAAUCUUUUGCUGUUCGAAAGAUGUCACAAGUGGCCCUUGAUUCGUCCCCCACUGGGGGUGGGGGCGUGGCUUGCGGGGUUGACUUCCGGGGGAGGGGUCCCUCUUUCAGUUCCAUAUACUCCAUCUUAGCACGAAGUGCGUCCUCCUUAGUUGACGCGCUAACCCUUUCCCCUCACGAGACAAACUCGACACACAACUCACUGGAGUCUUCGUCCCAUCGGAGUCGCAAGUCCGCUUCUCAGUCGGAGAGUGUGAAAUAUGCUGUUCCGAAUGAGCCUUGUGUGCCGAUAUUUGUGAAAACUUGCGUGAGCUGGAUCAAGCAACACGACGGUUUGAAAACACUGGGAAUAUUCAGGAUAGCGGGAUCUCAGAAACGCAUCAAAAAUUUGCGCGAGUGCUUCGACACUCUAGGGGACACACAUUGGCCCAAUGAGGAGAGUGCGACUGUUCAUGAUGUGGCGGCACUUUUGAAGUCAUUUCUGAGGGAGCUGCCAGAGGGACUACUGAGUCGAGAACUCUACCACCCCCUCAUAGCCACGACAAAGAUCGAAGACGUGAAGGUGCGUCUGAAAUGUCUGAAGUUGCUGUUGUGUCUGCUGCCGAGGGCCAGUCGGGACACUCUCCACUUUCUACUCUCUUUUCUACACGAGAUCCAUUCGGCCACUCUCUCGGAAGAGGAGGAGGAGGAGCACGAGCACCAGCAGCACGACCCCAACUCCAGUCCAGAGAUGAGCGGGAGCAAAAUGAAUGCUGCAAAUUUGGCCACCGUGUUUGGUCCCACUAUCAUGAAGCCCCCCAACUGCAGCCCCUGUGGACAUCGCAGUGGGGGCAUAACAUCCAAUACUGCCAGUCUCAUGUUUCUGGGGGGAGGGGCGGGGGAUAUAGGGGUCGAAAAGAUGGAGUAUAUCGAGGAUUACAGUCCCAUUGUCAAAAUCACAAAGACACUUAUACUUUGUCACCAACAACUAUUUCAAUUGGACGGUGCUACGACUAGCAACAUUCUGCAGGUGAUCCAGGAGACCAACCCAGAGGCAGUGGACUUCAUCAUCAACCAACGCUACAGCAAAAGCUUCCUCAAACGACAAAUAUCAGUUGACCAAACUCGCAGCAGCACAAAAGAGCCAAAAGAAGCAACCCACUCCUCCAUUUUCAAGUCAAGCAGUCAAAAAAGAGCCAAUCACCAUAACUCCUCCAGAAGUCUCAGUUGUUGUCGGCAUUCGAUCAAACAAGCUCGCGAACGCUUUUUCCAAGACCCGACUACCGCUUUCAACCCUAACUUGACACCCCUUUCGUAUCAGGACCACUACAGAAAAUUCUCGCAGCUCGACAACCAGUCGGGUUUCGCCGAAGUCGGAACUUACACGCGAAAGUUCAGAUCAAAUAAAAUAUCUCGAGGGUAUCAAUUUUGACGUCCCUAAUCUGUAUUUUUAACUUUGAUUAAUCUUCAAUUGACAAAAAAUGUUUAGUGCAAAUAAACUUUAGCAAAAUGUCUUCGUGAAAAACUGACUUGAAACUUUUCUACAAUGUGAUCUUUCAUUCAAAAAUAAAAUUUACGUUUUUCAAUAAUAA